UAGUCGGGAAGCUAAGCUAAGCUCAGCCAGGCGGCCGGCGAGAGACGUUACGGGUUUUUCGCGGUGCUCCGCACGGUUUCCCGGCGUGGCUCUGCCAAUCGUGGCCGACGACGACGGCAGCCGGCCCCGCCGGCGGAGCUCGCUUCGCGCGCGUCAAGUUGCCUGCGGACGGGCGCACGGGCGAGGGGAGCCACGCGCGAGCGACGGCGAGGGAGUCGGGGACGGCGGCGAUCGACGGACGACGGCGACGCACGCACUACGCGCGGACGGACGUUUCGUCGAUCGGUCGUGGGACGGUCGGUGGUCGAAACGGUGGCGGAGUAACGACGUGCCAGAAACGAGGGCGGCCUACGAGCGAUAUUUUCCUGCGUGUCUGAUGAGCUCCUCCGCCGCGCCGCUGCUGCUGCUGCUGGUGGUAAGAUGGCUGUGCAGCUGGACGGAGGAGGGAAGGAGGACCUGAAAACACAAUUCGUCACGCGGGAGGGCACCUACAAGCUGAUGACCCUGUCGGAGUACUCGCGACCGAAUCGAGUCGGCUACACCAACAGCCAGGGCAGCGCGUCUGUAAGGGUGUCCUUCGUCACGCUGCCGGACCCAGCGGACCCCACGGGCGCGCAGGGCCUCGGCGACCGAAUGUGCUUCAAUUUUGGCAAAGAGCUCUACGUCUACGUCUACCGAGGCGUCAAAAAGGCUGUAGACUUAAAUAAGCCAGUGGAUAAAAAGUUAUAUAAGGGAACUAAUCCAACCUGCCACAAUUUCAAUCAAACAACAGCGACAGCUGAUAGUGCUCCAUUACUGGUGGGAUUCUCCACUGGGCAGAUACAGCUGAUCGAUCCGAUAAAGAAGGACAGUUCUCAACUCAGCAAACUGUACAAUGAAGACAGGCUGAUAGACAAGAGCAAGGUGACAUGUAUAAAGUGGGUUCCUGGCUCGAACAAUCUGUUUCUGGUCUCUCAUAGCUCCGGUCAGCUGUACCUGUAUAACGAAGAGCUGCUCUGUGGCACCACCGCACCGCACUAUCAGUCAUUUAAAGCGGGUGAUGGAUACGCCAUAUAUACCUGCAAAACCAAAUCCACGAGGAACCCGCUCUAUCGGUGGGUGAUAGGCGCAGAAGGGUGUUGCAUAAAUGAAUUCGCUUUUAGCCCAUGUGGCACGAACUUGGCCGUGGUGUCACAGGAUGGAUUUCUGCGUGUUUUUCAAUACAACACUAUGGAGCUGGUCGGCUCAGCAAGGAGCUACUUUGGCGGUUUUCUGUGCGUGUGCUGGUCGCCGGACGGACGUUACGUAGUUGUAGGCGGCGAGGACGAUCUGGUGACUAUCUGGAGCUUCCACGAGAAGCGGGUUGUGGCGCGAGGGCAAGGCCAUCACAGCUGGGUGAGCGUGGUUGCUUUUGAUCCGUACACAACGUCGUACGGUGAUCACGAUCCCGACUUUAGUGGUUCGGACGACGAGACAACGAUGCCGCACAACAAUCACAAUCACUUCCAUGAGAAGUCGCACCGUCUGUCCACGACUUCGCAGAGCGGCGGCAUCCAUUCGAAUCGUAAUUCCUGCGGCUCUGAAUUGAGAAUGUCGGGCGGCACAUGCUACAGGUUAGGCAGUGUAUCGCAGGACACCCAACUGUGCCUAUGGGACAUCACAGAGGAUGUGUUGAGGCAACCAGUGUGCGCCAAGCAGAGACCUUCCGCGGCGUGCAGCACCAGUGGCGGUACCUUGUCGUCCUCGGGCACGUUCAAUAGUGGCAACGGAGCAGCUACAACGGUAAAUCACCAUUCGAACUCGAAUGCUAAACAUAAUAACUCGAAUAAUAUAAACUUCAAGGAGAACGCGAGUGGUAAUAACGAGACUAGUAACAAUAGCACUAGCACGAACGCCGCGGUGGCGACCGUGAAUUCGCUGACGCAGAGGCUAGCGGGUCUUGGCUUCGGCGAGCGUAAGGGUGAUAAUCAUAAGAGAAACUUUAGCCUCACUAUGCGAGGUAGCGGCACCGGUGCAACGGCAACAGCCAAUAACAGCACGACGACGAUCGUGCAGAACAAUGGUGGCGACAAGGCGAGCACCGGCAACUCGACGAGUACGACGAGUAGUAGUCUGAACAACAGUGUCGGUGGGGGUUUAGUAGGUGGGACGGGAAGUAAAAAGGUUAGUUCCGUGAUGGACGAUCCCAUGAGGUUGAUAGGGACCGCCUGGUGUCCCAGGUUCGACGAGUGCCCGGUCCUCGAGCCGCUGGUGUGCAAGAAGCUGGCGCACGAGAGACUGACUGAAUUAGUGUUUAGGGAAGAUUGCUUCGUGACGGCGUGUCAGGACGGAUACGUGUACACGUGGGCGAGGCCCGGCCACAUGAUUAAUGUUCUGUACCACGCUUUGGCUGAUGCAAGAGAAUAUCGUGGAUGAGACUUCCCUGAGUUAUCGCAUGUCAGGGAUCAGCCAGGUCGGCGGCGCCGCUCUCCACGUAGUCAGUCCGGUGGAAGGCGGCGGUACCAUAGUAUAGCCAGAGCCGGACACCGACGCCGGUCCACCACGAGGUCAUCAGGAACCGCAGGGAUCGUCGCGGGCGUCCGAGGCGCAACUCCAGCAGGCGUACGCACGCCGACGUCACCUAUACUACGUCUGGCCGAGCGAGAGUUACUCCGGUACGGUUUGAGCGAGCGGUUCCAGCUCGAAUUCGUCAUUCGUCGAAGAAGCGGACGAAUUGAAAUGGGAAUCCGUGGGAAAUCUAUCUCCACGAGAUCGGAUGCUUAAUCUCGAAUAUCGGACCUUGAAACUUACCCGUUUCGUCUUCUAGGUCUUUCGAUAUCAACGUCUUGAUAUCGCCAAUGUCCUUAACACUAGAAUUACCGACGAUUAACAUUUAUCUAUUUUUAUUAUCUAAAUGUACUACGGGUAUCAUUAAAAAAGAGAUGAAGAGAGAAAGCAAGUUGAUCAAUUUAAUUAUAUUUAUAUAUUAUAAUAAAAUCACGGAAGAUCUAAGAAAAUGCACCGCUAUAAAUUUGAUAAAAAAUUACAAUCCAGUCAAUUAUUUUGACUACUUUGAAAGUUCUAGUGUUAAUGACGUUUUUAAAUGCGAAAGAGGAACUUGAUUAGAAUACUUUAAUUUCGAACAAGAAUCAACAAAUAUAAAAAGAUAGAAAAAGCGGAAAGAGGAACGACGGGAUUUAGGGAUACCGAAGCUAAAAUCCAAUCUCGAAGAUUAAGCAGUCAAGCUCGUAAGAUGGAUUCCUUCGGGAAUACUCCUUUUAAUUCGUCUUGUGUUUUGCGGGGUACAGCUCGCGCGCGGCUUAACGCUUAAAGACAUACAUGCACACACGUAUACAGCGCUUUCGUUUCGGUAUAAGCCGCUCUUCCGGUGCAUAUCAUUUCCUCUUCCUCUAUCUUUCCUUUCCUCGACAGCGUCGCGGCGGCGACGAUGUUACGCGACCCCGCGGCUUCCCUUUCCCCAAGGAGACCCGUGAAUCGGAAGCAAUCUGUGUAUACAUGUACAUAUGUACACGUGUGUAUGCCCGAUGAUCGUGACAGAUGCGUUGUAUCAUUCCAAAUAAAAUUAUGCGGUAAUAUAUGCGUGUCUCGACUGGUGGGACACGCGGGCUCCGGCGACAGAACGCGUUAUUUAUUAUUUGAAGCGUUGAAAUUUAUAUAGACCUAAGCCACGAAGAAUUCUAGGACAGAAAAAAAUAGUCCCUAACAUAAUAUUCUAAUAGGCCAUAUAAGUAACUCACUAAUUUUUGCUCAUCAUUGCGAUGCCAUAGAUCGAAUUGCCCGAAUAACAUGUACGUUUACGAGACACAUUCGUUAGAAACGACGUUCUGACGUUUUACACUUCGUUCCAUCGCUCGGAUAGCCGCUAAAGUAGCCGGAGGAUACAUUUCCACCGAUGGAAGUUGCUUCGUUAGCUUUUUUGUUAAAAAUUGUGACUUGGGUCUCUAUUAUUCUCAGUGCUUCAUUUCGGUCGAUUUAUACUUCGAAAGAGAUAUUCCGCAAGGCGAUACUAGUUUUUAAUUUACAUAUAAAUACAUAGGAUUUAUAUUGCAUUGAUCACGAAAUAUGACGUUUAAUUUACGUUAUUGUAGACCAGCCCGGCGGCUUAUUUCGUCGAUUAGCUUUGAUCACGAGAGCAUUCCUACGCGAUUCAAAGAUUAAAUAUCUGUUGUUAUAUUUUCGGACUUUUACACGAAGCUUUUUAAUUUAUAUCUCUACGCAGUAAUUCAACGCAGCACCGAAUUUAUUUCAAUUUCAUUCAUCAGAUAAAAGAUUCGACGCAAGAAGGGGCUGUAGAGUCAUCGGAAACUUAUGUUUCGUUGAAAAAGACUCUAUAAAAGUCGGUAAUGCUCUUUAAAAGCCUGUAAGGCCUGUAAUUCGAUACCACGCGUCUAUGAAGUACAAAGAGAAAUUCACACAAAGAAUAUUUUUUCUAUAUUCCCUCUUUCCAAAUAAAAAUGAGACACUGUUAGUUUCCCUAAAACGUUUCCGUCUAUAGCAUCUGCAGCUUCUUUUACGUCAAGCUUGAAUUCUUUAAUGUUCAGCGACACUACGUUCUCGUUCACAUAACAUACAGCGUACGCAACGGAAAUUCUUUAUCGGAACACUGUUAUAUCACACUGAUAAGAGGACUGAUUCGAUAAAAUUUUACGUUUCUCAAUAUUUUCGCACGGUGGAUUACCUCGCCCCACGAGGCACGACACUGUAUUAUAAUUUUAUCAAGUGCAAGCUCGUUAAAGGUAUGCUGUGAUAUGUGUGCUACUACAUGACGACACUUGACGAAUGAUCCAAGCUGAGCUCAAGAUCACUUCCAAAGAUCACUCCGCCGUGCACCGUAACGAACGAUCGGACUUACGGACGACACACGUAACCGCUGAUUAGUUACUUCUUACUUACUAUAUGCAACAAACGAAGCCGGCCUGCGACACACCAGACCUACUAUUCAUCUAAUGAUUCUGCGAGAAAAGGGAUGGAUGAACUUGAACGAAUCGACGCAGAGAUCCGUGACGAUCUAAUCGCGUAUUCUUUCGAUAUCUUUCAUUAUCUGUUUCUAUUUAUGUACAAUGACUACUGGCCGAGCGAUGUAAUUGAAUUACGAACGCAGAAACAAAAUGCUUAUGUAACUUAAUACCGAGCUAUAUACAAAAAAUAAAUUUUUUUUUUUUUUUUCAUCUCAUGUUUUGUCCAACUGGAGGAUUAAAAGGGAGAAGUACGGAAUCGGACUGGAUAGUUCGCCUUCUUAUCAAAACGAUAAAAAAUUCACAGCUUUGUAAGGAACCUACUUACCGAUUUCUUCAAGUUCAUCCUUCUUCGCGGAGAAGACCGCGAUCUACAAAGUUCCUAUUUCGUAAGCUAAACGGCGAGAUUCCGCGAUCGACGGAUGGAUUCCCCGGUGGGGAACGCGUCCUCGGUAUCCGCACAGAACGGACGAAAAGCUCGCCGAUCAACGAGGCUGAAUGAGGUUUUCGGGUUUCUGCAUGGUGGACGCGUGCGUGAAGAAGUGGGGAUUUUAACAAUGUGUGUUCAAAGCGGCUGGAGGGCUCGCGAUUUCGUAUCUUCCGGGCACGGGUAUGGCCGAGUUCGCAUUCGGGAGUCCGCGGCGCUCCUGAUAGAUGAGAUAAUAUGUCUGUAUUUAAUUGAUAUUUCGCGAUGCGAUCGACGGAACCGUCUCGACGACAACCGGGUUCUCCUUGGAACCCGCGCAACGAGUUCUCGCUAUCGUGUAAAGAGCAGGAAACCUUCUCCUCGUCCGAGGCGCUUCGUGACGAAAAUAACGCGAAUAAUCGCGACACUGUAAAUCACGUUAAUGAGUCGCGCUGUUCUGUAAUAAGUCACAGGUGACACUCGCGAAUGAUUUAAUAAAUGACUUCACCUCCCAAAGUGCCGCUAACAGGAGACACGUGGUUCAUUACUGGAAGCGCAUGCAAAACAAUUUAUUUCCAAGGACUAUGAUGCACGUAUUAUUAUUUCUUUAUAUUCUGAAGAAAACGACGUGAUAUUAAAAUAUCUCGUGGCGCAAGAAUCUUUUGUUUUGCGCAAUGGAAGCGGUAUUCUCUCGCUAGAAGAAAUGAUGCUCGCAGAGGCAAAGGGAAUUCUGGAUAGAGCAGAUGUACUCCAAAUUAUAUAUCUCUUGUCAGGGGCUUUUUGGGGUGGCGGAAGAAUGCCUGUUUGAUUUACUUUGGGCACGGAUCAACCAGCAUCAUUUCGCAGCUUGGAAAUAGGAGGACAGAUGUUCCAUAUUUUAUCACACGACACCUUCUUCCGCUUUCACACCUGCGAGGUGAUUUUCUCGGUUGUUCCCGCUAAUCUCUCGAGGUUUAUCGAAUUAUGUACAAACGUAAACGACAUUUACCUUGCACAGCCGGUCGACGCAAUUGCGCGUUAUUGUCCGCAAUUUCGCGGGGAGGGACGACGACGGAGGGAUGUAAAAAAGAGAAAAGUCGCGAUCGCGAUCGCGCGUGAAGAACGGUGCUUAAUUCGGAUGCACGCGUGUUAUGAUAGCAGCGACAUGGUCCAGCUUGAUCGUAACAUCCUCGGCACACCGACGAGUAACCAAGUCUAGCAUCUCUCCGGCAGUUUUUUAUGGAAAACCUUUCCACGCAAAGAGCUUUAUGGCAUCGCGUCAGAUCUGUACUGUAACUUCUCGGCGCAUUUCUCUUUGUUUAUAAGCGUGUACAUUCUUUGUAAUUGUAAAUGAAGAAAGACAUUUCAUUGUUAAA